AUGUCAAUUUUAAGGAGUUUUAGCAGGUGUUUGAAAAGGUUUACGCAACCUGCAUUUUCACAUUACUACUGCACGAAUGUACCCGAUUCGAAUGCUGAUUCUGAGGAUGUUUCCGUCACUCAGAACAGAAAUGGAAUUGUAUGGAUUGAUAUGGAGAUGUCAGGAUUAGAUGUUGAUAAGAAUCGUAUACUUGAAAUCGCAUGCUUGAUCACAGAUGAAAAUUUAAAUGUUAUCAGUGAUGAAUUUCAAGCUGUUUUGUACCAGCCAGAUACGGAAUUGGAUACAAUGAAUGACUGGUGUCAAAAUAAUCAUGGAAAAACUGGACUUAUUGACGCUUGUAAAAAAAGCGCAGAGACUGAAGAUGCAGUUGAUAUCAACCUUUUAUACUUCAUGAUGAAAUAUAUACCCAAGGGAAAAUGUCCAUUGGCAGGAAACUCUGUUUACGUUGACAGACUAUUUCUUCGUAAAUAUAUGCCUGUUUCCAAUGAUUAUAUACACUAUAGGAUAAUCGACGUGUCUUCCAUUAAAGAAGUUGUUAAACGUUGGAAGCCUGAAAUGUACAGUAAUAUACCUAAAAAGGAGUUCAAUCAUAGAGCACUAGAUGACAUUAAAGAGAGUAUACUAGAAUUAAAAUUUUAUAAAGAUAAUGUCUUUAAUGCGAGUACAAAGGGCUAG